UGAUCGUCAUACUAAGUGUGCUCUCGUUGACCAGCGUGUUCACUUGGGCUCUGCGAAGCUGGAUGAGGCCAAAGACCGAUGCUUGUGUUCCAGAAGCCGUACGGGACUGCGCUCCCCAGUCAUAUCAAGACCCGCUCGUCAAGGAAAUUGCACUGCAUGUUGGUACGUCUUGGAUAUCGUUGUAAGGUUGGAGUCAUCGAAAUCAGUCCAGAUGCACCAGGGCGAUGUUCAGCUCUGGCUCACGCUAGUGCCGAUGACGUCGACGCGUCACACACGUCUUCCAGCUUCCCCCAUCAACACUCUUAUUCCUUACUUUGCAUCAUUCAAGUCUGCAUUGAGAUGCCUCGUUUGAACGAUAAUACUGGGCUUCAGCUUCACGAGCUGGAGCAUGGUGCUCGCACAAGUACUUUGAGAGCUUGGGAUAGCUUCAGCAACUUCGCUUUACGCGAUAAUGUGCUUGAAGUUGCAGUAGGCCUUAUACUCGCGGCUGCAUUCAGCGCCUGCGCCAACUCGCUCGUAUCCGACAUCAUCCUCCCUAUCAUCUCUCUACUACCGUUCCUCAGCCGCAAUCUCGAAGAAAAGUUCGCUGUCCUCCACAAAGGACCUCACUACAAUGGCACCAUCAGUACCGGUUACAACACUGUCAAACAAGCGCUGGACGAUGGAGCACUAGUGUUGGCUUGGGGUACUUUCUUGGAUAAGAUCCUGAGAUUUCUGCUCAUUGCGUUGACUCUGUGGAUCAUUGCAAUGACUUAUAGCCAUACCAGUGGAGAUAACAUCGUCAAGAGGCAGGUGAAAUGCAAGUACUGCAGAAAGUACAUCAGCGAAAAGGCAAAGAGAUGCGUCAACUGUACAAGCUGGCUGGACGGCCGAGAGGACAAAUGAGCGAGGGUCGAAUAAAUAUACGGCUGCGGGUAACACGCGGAUGGGGUUUGGGCAUGAAGAUGACGGCCGUGAGAGGCAUGUGGACCAAGGCUGCUGCCAGCGCGUCAAAAUUUGCUCAAGAUGUACAAGUUAGAGUACGAUCAACAGACCACAUUUAGCAAGCUGCGGAGACUAAAGAUGCCGUAGGCUGCAUAGCGGCUGAUGCACACGUUGUAGAUUCAGCAGAGAUGCGCACUUUGCAGAGGUGAUACGUCGUGCGUUUGGGCUCCAAAAUCCAGCGCCUCGUGUACCCGAACCCUACUAUUUGAUCAAUGGGCAUGCACGAUGGUGUCACAGGCGGAGGGACAGCGGCAGUCUCGCUCGUGCCGGCGCAGGGCAAAUGUGUGACAGCAGUACAGUCGUGAUCAGCCGCAUCUCUCCUGCACUUCGUUCGAUAGUUCAAGUGUCGACGUUCAC